CUACACUUGUUUCGAUUUCGACUCGGGUACUAACGUUAGCUAGGUAGCUUGUCUGUCUUGUUGUUGUCGUCAACAGCGUAUAAUAGAGAAUUCUUUGUUUUCCGUAUUAAUUUAUACCUAGUUUGUGACUAAUCUUCAUUUUAAAGGGCUUUUCUUUUACAAAUGGUGUCAUGGGAAGCUGACCUCGCUAGCUAGGUCGCUAGUUGUAGUUAGCAUCAUUGCUAAUUGACUGGCUGCGGGGCGUAACAUCAAGUUGUUUACGUUUAGCUAUCGAAGUCAGCUAGCUGUUUCUCAAGUUGUCCUUCAAAGGUCUCCUUUCAAAAUGAAAUGGAUAUCGUAGUUAUUUUCUAUGAAACAACACAUUCAAUUAUUAAGUUCUUCAAAUUUCGGCUGGUUCCAUCAAGCUAGCAAUACAGACUGGUAACUCAAGCUUAGCAAGGAUGGAGAAACCACCUUUCAAACAGACUCAAGUCUGUGGAGCCUGGGCUAUGAAAGAGAGAUUGGGAACUGGUGGCUUUGGGCAUGUCUAUCUGUAUCAGCAUCAGGAAACAGCUGAGAAAAUUGCUGUGAAACUUUGUCGGCUUGAACUCAAUGCAAGGAACAAAGACAGAUGGAGUCGAGAGAUCCAGAUAAUGAAAAAGUUGAACCACUUGAACGUGGUGACAGCAAGGGAUGUACCUGAAGAGAUGAAACACAUUGCCUUGAAUGACUUGCCUCUUUUAGCCAUGGAGUACUGUUCCAGGGGAGACCUUCGUAAGUUAUUAAGCAAACCUGAGAAUUGCUGUGGUCUAAAAGAAAGUGAGGUGCUCAGUUUACUCAAUGAUGUCGGUUCAGGAAUUCAGUAUCUUCAUGCAAACAAAAUCAUUCACAGAGACUUGAAACCAGAGAAUAUUGUACUUCAGGAAAUCAACGGAAAGCUGGUCCACAAGAUAAUAGACCUGGGCUAUGCAAAAGAUCUGGAUCAAGGGAGCCUUUGCACAUCGUUUGUGGGCACUCUGCAGUAUCUGGCCCCAGAGUUAUUUGAGAGCAAACCCUACACAGUAACUGUGGACUACUGGAGCUUUGGUACGAUGAUUUUCGAGUGUAUUUGCGGUUUUCGUCCAUUUCUACAUAACUUGCAACCUGUGCAAUGGACAAGCAAAGUACGUAACAAAGGCCCAAAAGACAUCAUGGCUGUAGAGGAUAUGAAUGGAGAAGUGAGGUUUUCAACUCACCUUCCUUAUCCAAAUAAUCUCAGCAGUACACUGUUGGAGCCUUUGGAGUGUUUGCUGCAGUUGAUGCUGAAGUGGGAUCCGGUUCAGAGGGGAGGAGUACAACAACCUGAUACUAAACAGCCGCAGUGCUUCUCACAACUUGAUCAAAUACUGAACCUGAAGGUCGUACACAUCUUGAACAUGACCACAACCGGGCUUCAUUCUUUCCGUCUGAGCCCUGAGGAGACCCUUCAUUCCCUGCAGCAGGGCAUCGAGGAUGUGACAAAAAUUGAACAAGGGAAUCAAGAGCUUCUGCAAGAGACAGGAGUCAUGCUGGAUCCGAGAAAGCCUGCAGCACAAUGUGUUCUGGAUGGAGUCAGAGGAUGGGACAGCUACAUCGUGUAUCUGUUUGAUAAGAGCUUAACCAAGUACACUGGACCAUUUACUGCCAGGCCUCUUCCAGAGAGUGUGAACUUCAUCGUACGUGAAACCAAAACCCAGCUUCCCUUGAAUGCCCUUAAGAAAGUCUGGGGUGAGGCAGUGAGCUACAUCUGUGGCCUCAGGGAAGACUACAGCCGCCUUUUCCAGGGCCAAAGAGCUGCCAUGUUGAGCCUUCUUCGGUACAACACCAACCUCACUAGAUACAAGAAUCUGAUGUUUUCAUGUUCACAGCAGUUAAAAGCCAAGCUUGAUUUCUUUAAGAGUAGUAUCCAGUAUGACCUGGAGAAGUACAGUGAUCAGAUGCAGUAUGGAAUAUCUUCUGAAAAGAUGCUAAAGGCCUGGCAGGACAAUGAAGGGAAAGCUGCUGCGUUUGGACAGGUUGCAGAGAUUGGCCAUCUAGAUGAAGAAAUUAUGGCUUUGCACUCUGAGAUUGUGGAGCUUCAGAGAAGUCCUUAUGCCCGGCGCCAGGGAGAUGUCAUGGAGCAACUUGAGGAGAAAGCCAUUGAACUCUACAAACAACUGAAAGCAAAAUGCAAAAUGAAUGACUCUCAGCAUGGCUACAGUGACAGUUCUGAGAUGGUGAAAGUAAUUGUUCAGACUGUACAGAAUCAAGACAAAGUACUGAAGGAUCUUUAUGCACAUCUCGGUAAAAUUUUGCAGAGCAAACAGAAGAUUAUUGAAUUAUUCCCGAAGAUUGAAAAAACUCUGGAGAAUAUUAAGGAAGCAGAUGGCACGGUUAUGCAGAUGCAGAUGAAGAGACAGAGGGAGUUCUGGCACCUACUAAAGAUUGCAUGUGCACAGAACACCACCCGAAGCCACAGUGCAGAUGUAUCUCCUUCACUCUCUGUCUGGCAUCCUCAGCCACCCUCACGCUUGCCCAUGUUCCUGUCAGCUUCACAAGACACUGAAACAGUCAACCAUCUGCUGGAGGAGAAUCAGAAGUACUUAAGCCAGCUCACAAGUUUGCUACAGGAGACAAAUGAGGAGAAAUCGGAGAGUAUAAUGGAUCAAGACUGGAGCUGGACUAAAUAUGAAUCCCUGUUUGGAAAAUUACAGCGUUUAUAAAUUUUCUUCAUGUUAUGCUAAUCUUCACCUGAAUUUGAUUUCUGUUGUUUCUGUUGGCACAUACAGUAUGGGUUUUAAUCAUAGUAAUCUGCCAAUCACGUUUUAUAGUGCCGUAGCAACAUGACAUGCAUAUAUACAUACGGUGUAUUUUAAUCGGCAUAAUGCCACCUCAUACAAGCAAAGCUUAUACAUACACUUUUUUAAAAAGUUGUUCUCAACCCAGGCCUCAGGAUAUAUCAGACAGUCCUGUGUUUUUUCCUCUGUCAGAGCAAAAAAAAAAGUUGACUGUCCUGGGAGUCAUGAGUAAUGGUUUGAGAACCACUGCUUUAAAUACACACACUUAUUUAUUAUAAAGCAACAUAAUCUUCUCUGUACAGGCCGAUUGUAUGUGGGUUUGGUGUCUUUCUAUUGCUCAGCAUCUGCACUUUAGAGGCUCACUGUGAAUGUUGGAUUUUUACUGCCGUGAAAGAGCAACGGACAAUAAAAUUUAGUCAGUCAGUGUCUAUAGGAGUGAUAUUCUUGAAAGACAAAAUUAUUGAAUGAAACGAGUUGCAGAAUCUAAGCAACAAAACUGGCUGAAUCUAGCCCUGGAAAGCUGUUUUUAAUAUAACUCUUCCUCCUAUCCAUGAAUUUACCAGUUGUCCAUUACAACAAGCCCAUGACCGGCAAGUUAUGUGGCUGUGGAGUAGGAAACUGAAGGUGCUGAAGUUAUUUUAGUUUUUCUUUUUUGGUAAAUGAAAGAAGUGUCAUAGUGUCAUCAGUGCAAUGCCUGUAGGAAGGCCUGUUAAGUGUCAGUUUGGGGAUAUAAGAACGUCGCUGUAUUAAUCUGUUGUUUUUGAGAAUGUAGGAUCUUUUUUUGGAUGAUCAGCUCUGCACUGAAGGUUGACCGUAACAGUUUGUUGUUAUUUCAUCAUAUAAUGUUUGACACAUCCUGAUAAGUUGUUAAAUUUUCUUAACUGAAAUGUUUGAGUUCACUGGUUUAUUGUACAUUACAAAUAAAAGUAAUUAAAAAUGUUA